UUCUUUCUUAAAAAUUUUCAGACGGGAAUCUGCUUUGUCCUUUUUUUCCCUUUCGUUAUCUUUUUUGUUCAUUGGAUUUGUUUAAAAAUCGAAAUGAGAAAGGAUAGGAGGCUAAAUAUGAAGGGAAGAGUGUCGAGGAUUGGAAGCUAUGCGAUUGCUUCUUCCAUGAAGGAUCAUACUUACGAACCUUGCAUUACCUGCACCACUUUUAACAUCCUUGCCCCCAUUUACAAGCGCCUUUCUCAUAAGGACCAGAAUUGCCGUGAGAGCGAUUAUAGGGCAUAUUGGUUGGCCAGGAAUCAACGAAUAUUGGAUUCUUUAUUAUACGAGAGAUCUUCAAUUAUUUGUCUGCAGGAAUUCUGGGUUGGGAACGAAGAACUUGUAAAUAUGUACGAGAAGAGGCUUGGUGAUGCAGGUUACCUUAAUUUCAAGCUUGGACGUACCAACAACCGGGCUGAUGGUCUGUUGACGGCUGUGCACAAGGACUAUUUAAGAGUUAUUAAUUACAGGGAACUGCAUUUCAAUGAUUGUGGAGACCGAGUUGCACAGCUGCUACAUGUUGAGUUAGCUACUCCUGCUUCACAACGCCGAAACAAUGAUCCUUGCCAAGAUAUUCUCAUUGUCAACACCCAUUUGCUUUUUCCUCACGAUUCAAGUUUGUGUAUAGUUCGGUUGCACCAGGUGUACAAAAUAUUGCAGUAUGUUGAAUCUUAUCAGAAGGAGUAUAACCUUAAUCCUUUGCCAAUUAUGCUUUGCGGUGACUGGAAUGGGAGCAAACGCGGCCAUGUUUACAAGUUCCUUAGGUCCCAAGGCUUUGUAUCAUCAUCAUAUGAUACUGCGCAUAGAUACACCGAUGCAGAUGCACAUAAGUGGGUUAGCCACCUUAAUCAUCGGGGAAAUAUAUGCGGUGUGGAUUUCAUAUGGCUCCUUAAUCCCAAUAGUUAUCGGAAACUACUGAAAACAAGUUGGACUGAAGCAGUAUUUGGCAUGUUCAAGAACCAACUAAGGAAAGCUUCAUUGACAGAAGAUAAUGCGUUUGCUUUUCUUAAGGCUGCCAAUGAUGGUGAUUAUAUUACCUACUCGGGUUUAUGUGAAGCUCUUAGGCAGUUCAACAUAAUAGGUCAUCGGCACGGACUAAGCGUUGAAGAGACGAAGGACUUGUGGGUUCAAGCAGAUAUUGAUGGAAACGGUGUUGUUGACUAUAAAGAAUUUCAGCAACGAAUCUGGAAGCCUACAUGGUCGGAGUCGAGAGACGGAGACGGUAAAGAAGGCAAGGAUAGGGGCCAUAAGAUAGGUGAAAAACAUAGUAGAAAGAAGCAAGCUAUUGGUUUUAGUGUGAAGAAUGCAGUGUUGUUCCCUCCGGAAGUGGAAAAGGGAAUGUGGCCUGAAAAUUAUUUUCUCUCCGAUCACGCCCGACUUACGGUGGUGUUCUCGCCGAUACAAAUGCCUUAUUCACAGUUAACAUCAUGACCAAAAUCUGAGAUUCGAAGUAGAAGAACAUGUACCCUCUCAUACUAUGAAGCAGGGGAGUCCUCUCCAGUGCCAACCAUCU